UAGACCAAUUUCUGACUUCAUUGUUGACAUAGAGUGAAGUUCACUUUAACUCAGUGAACUUAAGUCCAUACAAAGUACUUAUAAAAAAAACAUAAUGUUAGGUAUUUGAACUGCAUUCAUAAUGCUAGGAAACACUUCAUUCAUUCAUAUAGAACAACAUUACAGAUAGCUACUAGGCAUUUGGACUGGAUGUGCCAUUUUCAGUACAUAGGUGCUUCUCAUGGCAAUGCUAGGAAUUUGCCAUUCUAGAUUAUAUAUCUUUUUCUCUUUGUAACUCCUUUUCUAUUUUAUCGAUAUAUGUUUCUUUUGCCUAUAUAAAAAAACAAAAAAUAGGUCUUGGUCUAAGACAAAACAUAGAUGUGGAUCAAAGUCACUCCCAAUUAGGGUUGCCGCCGCGAUGCACGAUAAUGGAGGUGUUGUGCCCGCGGUAACAGAGAUGUACAAAUCCACCCAAUUUAAUGAGGACACGCAAAAAUGGAUCUCUUCAGAAUCCAAAGUUCUCUAUGAUAAGAUGGUACAAAUAGAGAUUGAACAUAAUGCGCAGGAAGGUGCAAUCCCGAUUACGCAAGUGGAGCUCUCCGUUAAAGGUCUCAAGGCAAGGUCAGGCUAUGUGAAGGGACUUGGCAUUAGGCCUUCCUCCUCUAUUAGGACUGUGAACGGGGAGUAUGUAACACACCUUGAGGGAAAGGUGCAAGAGCAAGCUGAGAAAAUUCAAGAGCAAGCGGAAGGAAUUGAAGCAGCAAACAAUAAGAUAGACGAGCUUGCCUUGGCAAAAGAGGAACAAAGGAAGACUUUGGCUAGUAUUAUGGUGUUUCUUAAACAACAAGGAUUCACCGGUUAACAACUUGCUAAUUGAGUAUGUAGAAGGUUGGUAGCAGAAGAUGAUAUAUGCUUUUCUAUGAAGACUUCCUUUUGGAUGAAGUUCAGAGUCUUCUUUUUUUCGAUGAUGCUUCGAGAACUCUUCUUUUUUGAUGAUUCAUAGGAUAAGAACUAUGAUGAACAACGUAUAUGGUCUAGUUUGGUUAUUUUUGACAUUCGUACAUGGAUGCAUUACAUCCUAAGUGUGGAUGAUUAUUUUGGUGUGGUUGAAUGUUGGGUAUGACGAUGUGUUGGAUAUUAUGGUAAAAUUGAAUGGGCUUACUAUUUAGUGCAAUUCAGAUGUAUUAUAGUUAUUGUUUGAGA